AUUAUUGUUUCCUGCCAGAUGCCGUGAGCAGGAAAACCUUUCACUGCGUACGUACGUCACGUUUUUCGCUCAAUCAGUGUAUAUAUAUUUAUAUCGACACAAGUGAAGCACAUUUCGCUAUCAACAUGUUCAAAGUCAGAUUUGCCGGAUACGUGUUGUUGCUAGUAGGUUUCACCCAGCCCUCCCGGGAACAAACAACAGACGCUCAAAGACAGAAGCUUCUUAAGUAUCACAAUGAUCUUCGAGAUAAGAUAAGAUCCUGCCAGCUUCCCGGCCAACCGCCGGUCAAAGGACCAUACGAACCUAUGGUCUGGGACUCAGACGUAGAAGCCCAAGCUCAAAGGUGGGCAGACAAUUGUAAGUUCGCUCAUGGUGAACUGGAAGGCGUAGGACAGAAUGCUGCUGUUGCAAGCAACCUUGAAUUAGCCGUGAAACUGUGGGUGGAUGAAUAUAUGAACUACAAUUACUCAAGUGGUAGCUGCAAGCCAAUGACGGAGUGUUUACAUUACACCCAGAUGGCUUGGGCUACUUCAACAAAGCUCGGAUGUGGUGUUAAACACUGUCCUGAGAACAGAACAACGCUUUAUGUAUGCGACUACAAACCACCUGGCAACUACCUGGGUCAAAAACCAUAUACUGCUGGAACAGAGGAUGACUGCUUAAAGUCAACCACCAGUCCUCCGCCCACCAGCCCACCAGCCAACCCGCCAACCGGCAGACUCUCGGAAAAUGCAGAAACUGUCGGCAAACCGGAGCUCGAAAGUGCAAGGAACAAAGGAUCGACAACCGGAAGUACGUCGGUCGGCAGAAAUCUGUGGCAGGCACGCGAGAUGGCUGCAGCCAAGCUAAUUUUUUCUCUUACUGGCUGUUUUUUAAGCAUGAUAUCAAUCUCGAAAUAA